AUGUCCUCUAAAAGAAAUUUUCAAGAAUUUCAAUUCUCAGAAGUUUCAGAGGGUAGGAAGAAGGUGGAUGUUCAGAUGAUCCAGAGCCAGAAUCCUCAGCAUGUGCAGAAUCAUGCAGACAGAGUUAGGAACAGAGAGACGGGUGCUUCGCAGUUUGAAUCCGAGUUUAACUUGCGCAAGAGUUUGGCAUGGGAUAAUGCCUUCUUCACUAGUCCAGGAGUUCUAGACCCUGAAGAGUUGGAGACGCUUAGUAUUCGGAUCGUAGAUAAUGGAGUAGACGCAACAGGGGGUCAGGAACUGGGGCCUGUACUCUCUCAGCCUGUAGGACCAGAAAGAAAUAGUGGAAUUGAUGAGUGCACUGUGCGCAAAAGUUUAGCUUGGGAUAGUGCCUUUUUUACGAGUGCAGUAAUUGUAAUAGCAAGUUUGCUUCUCUUAGGAGUUUUGAAUUCUGAGGAGUUAUCUCUCUUCAACGGAGGAUUUAGACCAUCUGAAGCCCAUCUACUUCCUGGGAUUGAAAAAGUUUGUAGGUCUGCUGAAUCAAACUCGACAAGAAAUGGUGAUGCUUCCUCCCUCGCGAACCUUGAGAUUGAUCUUUUUGACAAUUUGAGAGCAUCCAUGCAAAAGUCACAUGAUGCAUCAUCCAAAAGGGCAACUUCAACUGGAAAAGUUAGAAGAGAAAAUGAAAUGCGAAGGGGCAAUGCUUCAAAAACAUUGGAUGCUUCCUCUCGAUUAAGACAUGAUGACCAACCAAAGCAGGUUGCACCUAAUAAAGAGUCCAAAUCGUUUCUCAAGCCACCAAAGAUAUUAUGCUGUGCUCGCACUCUCUCCACAGCUCCGAACAAAAGAGCUUCUUUGGGUGUAAACCAUCUUAAACUGGAAACCAAAAGGGCACAGGUUGCUUCUGGGAGAACGAAGAUUGUGUCAAAGAAAACUUGUAUCCGGGAUUCAUGCAGUUUAGUCCUUAGUUCAACUCCGCCAGUGAAAUCACCUACUUCAGUUGUGCCCACUGCUGGGAAAGAGUUAGGAGGAUUUGUCUGUGCUUCAAAUUUCACGGUUAAAUCUCCUCCAGACUCUCUGAGGAGAACAAUUAACUCCUCCGUUUCAACCUCUAGAACUCGUUUGAAGCAUUCGGCUGGAAACAAAAAUGACUUGGUGAAAUCCAGUAACUCUAUUUCUUUCUUAUCCACACCCAAGUCUUCAUCUUGUCCUUCACCUGCUAGUGCCAUAGAUGGAUGGUCCUCAGAAUCAUCUUCCAUAAUUCUCAACCCCAGGUCAAAUAGUCUUGCUGCCAUUCAUGCAACUACAGCAUGCAGAGGGAUUUCUUUCAGCAAGGAUGCCUCUCAAGUAUCGGAUUCUCAUAGGCGUCAUUAUGAUGGACCUUCUUUGGUACGUGAAAACCAGGAAAGUUUCAUGAAUGUACAACUAAACAAAAUCUCAGAGCGAACCAGUCUUGUUCCAUCCAGUGUUUCAAAAAGCUUAACAUCUUCGGGUCUUCGAAUGCCAUCACCAAAGAUUGGAUAUUUUGAUGCGGGAAAUUCUGUGGAUAUAGCACCAAAUGGAGGCUUGACGUUUCUCUCUGGUGUACGACGCACUUCUUCCAAAAACAGAAGUGGUAUUAUUAAUGCCAAUGGAGCUGAAAAUAGAACAAGAUAUGGCAUGCAUCGUUUGGCAGGUGCCGCUUCGAUAUCUGUGAACGAAACAGACACAAAGGAGCUGGUCUGCUUACAGGAGAAGAAGCAAACUUUGAAAGAGCGUGAAGUUGCCAAGGCACAUGUUCCUGAAAAUAAAAUGCAUAGAUUUGAUGAAGAUAAUAAAGAGAAUAUAGGUAGUUUUGAAAAUCAAGUUGAUGACCUGAGUAGACGCAUGGAAGGGAUUGCUUUUAGGAGGGACUUGGUUACAUCGUGA